AUGCUGCCGAGACUAGGCUCAGCCGCAAGAAGGACGAGGCUGAAAAACGGAGCGGAAGACGGCUCACGCACACCGAACGGCUUGAUUAGUGCAUCUUGGUAG